AUGCCCCACCGGAAGAAGUCGACCAGCACAACCGAGUCCAGUAGCGCCAGUUCAUCGGACUCCAGCUCAAGCGGCUCGGAUUCGGGAAGUUCCGGCGGUUCCGACUCCGGCAGUUCCAGCAGCGAAAGUGAUUCGUCUAGCUCGCAGGAACCAACAUCUCGCAACAACGGAACUAAUGCAGCACCUGCCGGCUCUAGCACGAACGCUUCGCUGUCGAAAACCAACGAUAAAGUUGUGCGUCGUCGUAGUUCCGAAGCAGCGGCCGUAGCCAGCAAGCUAGGAGGAACGAAUAGUAGGGCUGAGGCCGCCAAGGAACGGCAGAAUGCGGCUAAGCAAAAGAAGCUGUCGAAAAGUUCCAUUUCUUCAACCGACGACGAUGACUCUGAACCCGGACCGAGCCAAGCAAAGCCCACUGGGUCUCAGAAAAAAGGCCCAUCGGCUGAUUUGGGGAAGAAAAAACCGACUCUUGGGAAGGAUGCGAAAACGUCGGCGUCUGUACCGAUCACCGGGGGCAAAGUACCGCCCUCCGUCAUCAAGCAACAGCAGCAACAGCACCAUCACACGGGCGUGGCCCCCCUUACGAAGGGCGCAGCCAAGGCAAGCACCGUGGUGAAAAGUUUACACAAACCCAACAACAACGGAUCGGCCGGUAGUGGCGUUGGUGUAAAAAAGGCCACCCCUAAUGCCCCCACGAUCACGCCGGCAACGAAGGCAAAAAAGAAAAGUAUUUUCUCACCCGUUAAUUCAUCGGAAUCGGACGACGAUAAAGCGCCUGAAACGCAGGACUUGAAUGAUCGGCGAACGUCAAGCUCCAGUUCAACGUGCGGCAAUGCUGCGCCGGGCGGUGGUGGGCCAGCCGGGGGCGGUGGAUCCGAUCAGUCCGAUAAGAAUGCUUCCGGAUCGGGCAGCUCGGCAAUCAACUCCUGCUCGGCCCAGCUGCGUGGCCGUGGUCGGCCACGUAAAGCUUCGCUUCAGGCAACCAGCGCAAUGAAACCUGUGGCGCAAGUAAAACCACAACCGGCCGCCGGAAGUGGCAACAGUAAAGUGAGCCCGCCAGUUGCCGCAAAUAAAUCGGUAAAGUCGCCCGUGACAAACCUCUCAUCGGCCACGUCCAGCUCAAGCGAUUCGUCAUCCAGCGGAACGACGGAUUCGGAAACGGAAUCGUCCGACGACUCAUCACCCUCGCCAGCCGUAAUGCCACAGUUGAAAAAUUCCACCAAUCCCAUCAAGCGGAUACUCGAACGAACACCUCAGAAAACGAACUCAAAAGACGCCGCGUCGACGACGCCAGCGGUAGCCGGUGGGUCUGGGUCGGACACGGAAACAACCAAACAGACCCGCAAGUUGACGCGCUCGGCGAGCACGCGCAAAUCCAAGCAUCUGCUCGGGAAGAAUGCUUCCGAUACGGACUCGGAAGCGGAUAGUGUGAAGCACCGGUCGGCAUCAAAGAGUCCGGUCAAGAAACCACCAGGCGCCUCAUCGAAGGGUAAGGCCAAGAACAAUCUGGCCAGUUUGAGUACCAGCAAGCGGUUGAACGAUAAACCGAAGGAAUCGGUCGUCGAGGAGGCGCCAAUCGAGCGGCGCUGUCCGGUGGAAAAGUGCGAUUCGCUCGGCCACAUGGGCGGUGUCUUCGAGAAACACUUUACGCUGGAAGCCUGCCCGAUGUACCACAACAUGACCAUCGAACAAACGAAGCAGCUGCUGGUGGAGCGUAAACAGCGCGAAGAGGAGCGCCGCCGUUCGGUGCCGGUGUAUGAGAAUUCGAAGAAGAUUCAAACUCCCGACCAGAAGGUUUACGCGCAAAAGGUUCGCGACAUACGGUUGCGGUUUAAGCCCUCACCGCCACCGCCACCAGGACCGGGUACGGAACGACCGAAGCCGCUUCUCGAUCGCGACGGUAACGAAAUCGAACCCGAGCCCAAUCUGGAGGGUCUCGUGCCCGAUUACGAUCUGCAAUUGUUCCGGGAAGCACAGGCGCUAUCGAGUGAAAGCAUCGACAAGGAGCUGGGCGACAUGGUGACGGGGAAGGGUACGAAGUACAUCUCGAUGGGUCGCCACUGUAUGCAGGUUUGGUAUCAAUCGCCGUACCCCGAUGAUGCCACGCGGCUUCCCAAGCUUUAUUUGUGCGAGUUCUGCCUGCGGUACCAAAAGUCUGAGGUGGGCAUGAAGCGGCACGCGGCCAAAUGCGUCUGGCGGCAUCCACCGGGUGAUGAGAUCUAUCGCAAAAACAAACUUGGCGUGUGGCAGGUAGACGGCAAGCGCCACAAACAGUACUGUCAGCACCUGUGUUUGCUGGCCAAGUUCUUUCUGGACCACAAAACGCUCUACUACGAUGUGGAACCGUUCCUGUUUUACGUGAUGACGCUCGCGGAUAACGACGGAUGCCACACGGUGGGAUAUUUUAGCAAGGAGAAAAACUCGUUCCUCAAUUACAACGUUUCGUGCAUUCUCACCCUGCCACCGUACCAGCGCAAGGGUUACGGACGUUUGCUGAUCGACUUUAGUUACCUUCUGACGCGAGUCGAAGGAAAGAUUGGUUCGCCCGAAAAGCCACUGUCUGACCUGGGGUUGAUAUCGUACCGAUCGUACUGGAAAGACGUCCUCUUGGCAUACCUGUGCUCUCGGCCUGGUACCACGCUCAGCAUAAAGGAUAUCUCACAGGAAAUGGCCAUCAAUUCGUACGAUAUCGUCAGCACUCUGCAGGCCCUCGGCAUGAUGAAGUAUUGGAAGGGCAAGCACAUCAUCCUGAAGAAGCAGGAUGUUUUAGAGGAAUAUGAGGAGCGGGUGAAGCGCCGCGGUAACAUGCCCAAGAUCGAUCAGUCCUGCCUGAAGUGGACACCGUUUGUGGCCCCGGCUCCUUCCACGCCAUCUUCCUAG